AUGUUUGAAAUCAAACUGAAUGACAAGAUAACUGACUUCCUGCGAAACUUCAAGAACAGUGCAAGAUCAAACAAAGGCAUUGAUGAGGACAUUGAUGUUUUCCUGGAGCGACACGCCAUUCCUGUCCGUUCACUACUAUUUUAUUUGAAGGAGUAUGAUGAGGAUAAUGUACUUCCUUGUUCAGUUAGGGAGUUGUUGACACCUUUUGAAUUUGAAUUCAAGCCCAAGACUGUGAGAGGCUCGCAUUAUUCAGAGGGUUUUAAGAAAAGUUUGGAGUUUUUGAAAUAUCAGCAACAAGAGUUGGAAUACCAAGGUAUGGUUAAGAGAAACGGGCCUGCCUCUUCCCUUAUGGAGGAAGAUGAGCUUACGCCUUCACAAAUUAAUAAGCAAAUCAAAGAACAAGUCACUACCGUUUUCAACGUCCUGGUAAGUGUCGUAUCGGUCGUCGUUGCUAUCUGGUACUGGACUGGAACUUCAACAAGAUUCCCGGUCCAUGUUCGUCUCUUGUUGUGCUUGUUUUUCGGAAUUUUAGUUUUAGUGGCAGAUGUUGUUGUUUAUAACAGUUAUCUGAAAAAAUUAGAAGAAGCAAAAGUGAAAGAAAGGACAAAGGUGGAAAAAAAAAAAAUUCUGGAGAAAAUCACACUGUAA